AUGGAAACGAACCUCCGUAAUUCACCCGAUUUCGCGCUACAUGUAUACCGGACGCAGAAUAUCCGCGACAACACCUUGGACGAUGCGCAGCUGGAAACUCGGUGUCCGCUCGACAAUGGGCUACAUGAUUGCACGCCCAUCUCCACGUGUUCCCCCCUAGAACUUCUCAUCGAGGUCCUGCUGCAGCUAGACAUUCCUUCGCUGACUCGCUUCCGCGGCCUCAACCGCCGCACAAUGGAGCUUGUCAACUCGGUCCACCAGUACACCGCAAUCAUCGAGCAUUGCUCUAACACCAUCCGCGCCAUUGUUAGCAUCGAGGCGGAUACGUUUGACUGUGGUAAACUGUACGGAACACUCUGUACAAGCCGAUGUUACACGUGCAAUCGCUUUGGCGACCAUCUCUAUCUUAUAGACUGUCGCCGCGUCUGCUACUUCUGUUUCACCCGGUGGCCGGAAUACUUCCCCCUCACAAGUCGCGAAGCAUAUAGGUUCUUCACCCCCAACACAAAGCCACAGAGCAAGUCUAAAAGCUCCCGCAAACUCUUAGAGUUGGCGAAACCACCAAGCAUCCUGAGCCUGCCCGGGCGGGAACCUAAGCGAUUCAUGGCCAUCAUCUCCGCGCCGGUUCUGCUCAAUGGUGGCCGGCAGGUCGACCAAGGAUUCUUCUGCCUCGGCUGCAGGGACGAGACGGAGGAGGAAACCAAGCACUUCAGAAUCAAAUACACGACAGAAGACAUGUCAGAGCACAUUGCGAGCUAUGGACGAGUAGUGGAGAGGACGCCGAGGACCCCCGGCAGGUUCAUGCACGUUACCAAGGACCAGAUCACGCCGUACUAG